AGUUAACCUUCAAUGGUCGCACAGGAAAGACCUGUUGCUCCUUCUCUUGUCUCCCCGCCGGCUUUACCGCUUCCUCAUCCUUUUAAUACACCUAAAUAACGUGUGGUAACUGAGGAGUGCUGUGCCUGGCUGUGUCUGCUGCAACAUUGAUCAGUUUGAGGAGUGCUGUGCCUGGCUGUGUCUGCUGCAACAUUAACCAGUUUGAGGAGUGCUGUGCCUGGCUGUGUCUGCUGCAACAUUGAUCAGUUUGAGGAGUGCUGUGCCUGGCUGUGUCUGCUGCAACAUUGAUCAGUUUGAGGAGUGCUGUGCCUGGCUGUGUCUGCUGCAACAUUGACCAGUUUGAGGAGUGCUGUGCCUGGCUGUGUCUGCUGCAACAUUGACCAGUUUGAGGAGUGCUGUGCCUGGCUGUGUCUGCUGCAACAUUGAUCAGUUUGAGGAUUGCUGUGCCUGGCUGUGUCUGCUGCAACAUUGACCAGUUUGAGGAGUGCUGUGCCUGGCUAUGUCUGCUGCAACAUUGAUCAGUUUGAGGAGUGCUGUGCCUGGCUGUGUCUGCUGCAACAUUGACCAGUUUGAGGAGUGCUGUGCCUGGCUGUGUCUGCUGCAACAUUGAUCAGUUUGAGGAUUGCUGUGCCUGGCUGUGUCUGCUGCAACAUUGAUCAGUUUGAGGAGUGCUGUGCCUGGCUGUGUCUGCUGCAACAUUGAUCAGUUUGAGGACUGCUGUGCCUGGCUGUGUCUGCUGCAACAUUGAUCAGUUUGAGGAGUGCUGUGCCUGGCUGUGUCUGCUGCAACAUUGAUCAGUUUGAGGAGUGCUGUGCCUGGCUGUGUCUGCUGCAACAUUGACCAGUUUGAGGAGUGCUGUGCCUGGCUGUGUCUGCUGCAACAUUGAUCAGUUUGAGGAUUGCUGUGCCUGGCUGUGUCUGCUGCAACAUUGAUCAGUUUGAGGAGUGCUGUGCCUGGCUGUGUCUGCUGCAACAUUGAUCAGUUUGAGGACUGCUGUGCCUGGCUGUGUCUGCUGCAACAUUGAUCAGUUUGAGGAGUGCUGUGCCUGGCUGUGUCUGCUGCAACAUUGACCAGUUUGAGGAUUGCUGUGCCUGGCUGUGUCUGCUGCAACAUUGACCAGUUUGAGGAUUGCUGUGCCUGGCUGUGUCUGCUGCAACAUUGACCAGUUUGAGGAGUGCUGUGCCUGGCUGUGUCUGCUGCAACAUUGAGAAGUGGGGAAGACAGUGAAAAGAUGAAGAAAUAAUCAAGUGGUGAAGAUGUCGUUGUGUUCACAGCAGGAUGACCGUAACUACAAGCUGAUCGCCAAGACUGACAAUGCCAAGAACAUUCUACAAGUGCUGAGAGCUGUCAACUUCAGAGAGUCAGCUACACUGUUUGCGACUGCCAAUGGACUGAAGGUGACAGUAGAGGAGGCAAAGUGUCUCCAAGCUAAUGCAUUCAUCCAAUCGGAACUGUUUCAGGAAUACAAAAUCCAGGAAGAAGUGACAUUUAAGGUGGACCUGAAUGUGUUAGUGGAGUGUCUGAGCAUCUUUGGAGGAAGUAUCUUUGGGGGAAGUUCUACUCCAUCCCUAAAGAUGUGUUAUGGGGGACACGGCUCUCCUCUUAUACUUCUAUUGGAGGAAGCUGGAGCUCUUACGGACUGUAGCAUCUGCACUCUGGAGGCUGACGACACCUUAGAUUUCAAUUUUUGUAAUUCAGGCGUUGUAAACAAAGUGAUCAUGCGCUCGGACUGCCUUAAAGAAAUCUUUUCUGAGCUCGAUACAUCAAGUGACGUUUUGGAGAUUGUCAUGACUCCCAAUCCUCCUUAUUUUCGUUUUUCCACCAUUGGCAGCUAUGGAACAAAUCGUACUGACAUUUCCAAAGACAGUGAUCUGAUAGAAAACUUUGCUUGCACCCGGACAAUGACCCAUCAGUACAAGCUGGCUCUGCUCCGACCUUUGUCGAAGGCUCUCAUGGCGGCGUACAAGGUUUCUGUCAGGAUGGAUGAUCGUGGUUUCCUCUGCCUCCAGUUCAUGAUUAAAACAGAGGAUAAUCAUGUCUGCUUUGUGGAGUUUUUUUGCUGCCCUGAAGAGGAGCAGGCUGAAUGAGGACAUCAUUUGCUUCCUGAAGUGUGAGGUCUCCUGAUACGAGUGUUUAUUUCUGGAUCCACAAAUAUCAUCAUCACAGAAGUUAAAUCACCUGAGGUGGUCUUUUGCCAAGUAAUCCAGUUUAUGGUUAGAUAUGGAAAAAUUGUUUAUCCAACAGUGACAUUUCUGGCCUAUGUAAUGUAUUUGUAUGUUUAAUAGUGAAGUAACACUUUCCAUGUUCAUAAUUAUAACUUUUGUACUUUAAAAUCUGAAAUAAAAAAAAUAUAAAUAUUGAGUUUGAAUGAAGACGUUUAUUAUAUAAAUUGUCAGUAAUUAAAUAUCAACACUUAGGGAACAUCACUUUAAUGUUACAAUCGUGGUUUGUUUGCAAAGUUUCACGUUAAAAAACGUAAUUUAUAUCUUAUACAACUUAGAGUUUAUUAUAUUCAUGGUUUUUCUUGUCAUAUAUUUAUUUCAGUGGAAAAUAAGCUAACUUUUGUUCUAGUAAUCUAAGCAGGUUUCUAUAAUAUGUAUACCAUUCAUAGGAGAGUAGCACCUUGUUGCUGAUUAAGGCUCUUGAUCCAAGGAAUGUAUUGUAUAUCUAAAGCCACAAUUAUCCCAGGUCUUUAAGACAGUCACCUUUAUAUCAUUCAUGGGAAAAGGGUGAUCUAGUAGGGAGUCAUACCUGAUCAGUUAUAGGAAGUUGCUGAUACAAUUUGCUAUAGAUUUGCAUACUUUACUAACCGUUGAAAAGUGAGUAUUGUAUCAGUUCUCUAGUAAUAAAGUAAAUAUCAUC